AUGCCUCUGCCAAAGCUCAGUCCGCUGCAAUCGCGGCUGGCCGCAUCCCUCAUGGGAUCAAUAAUGCUUCUGAUAUUAUAUCUGACCUUUUCAUCUUCUCACUUUGCAUACGCCACCGAUGUUGAUUCGAUACAACCAGAAGACCAUAAUCACGAAAGGUUAAUGGAUAUAAACAUGUUGGCCCUGGAUGGUGAAGAGGAGGAUAUAGAAAUAAGGAACGAAGGAUAUGAAGCCGAAUUUGUAGGGUUCGAUCGGAGCAUAAUUGGGAGGGUUGCAUCGGCGACUGAUCCCACUCCAUUACUCAACAAUCGGGCUGUAACGACAAAUGUUGAACAGGGGCAAACGAUACCGUUUUCAUUCCUAAACUCCUCAUUAUGGGGAGCCCUUUCUCCACAAGCAAGCGGUUUACCCUCCCCUGUUAAGUUGCGUAAAAGAGACACUGAGAGCGUUGGCAAUAGAGAAGAUGGGGAGCAGAUUCUGUCUGAAGACAGGAGACAAAAUUCCACUUUGCAGCCUCGGCAGUCGAGCUCCUCAAGUACCAGGACGCUAUAUAUUACGGUCAAUACUUGCACACAGCCCGAGGCUGUAGGCGCGAAUGUGGUGGCGCCCUCGCAGUUGAAUCUUUACAUAUCACAGUCUGAAAAGAAUAAGAAUCCUGGACCCGGACAGGAUGACAGUUUACAACAAACCUACCAAUUGGAAGGCGGCGCUGCAAUGGUCACUUUGAAUGCUACUGGAGAUGUCUUCAUCGGUUUGACCGGUUUGAAUAUGACCUCGAACUACACGGGCGCGUGGAAUGCGGAGAUUGCAGCUUCCAUCGAUGCACCAUACCAUUAUUACCACAGCGAUGAAGAGAAUCUCGUCCUGGUAGAUAGUGAUAGCGCAUCAGCCCUUCUGGUUACCAACGAUCUCACCACGGAUAACGGCUCAAUAUAUGAGGAAUGGGUUAAUCUGGCACCACCUUUCACUAUGUUUGCUAGUAAAACGAUCAACUCUUCCACAGCAGGUUUGCAAUAUUCGUAUUGUGGAUUGGAGAAGCAGGCCGAAAUAGCAGGAACUAUCAAUGGUGGUCAGAAAACCGACAAAAUAAAAAUGUCGAUGACUACUAGAGGAAAAAUUGAUGCUCCCAAGCAGCAAUUCUACUUUGAUGGGUUGACUGCGGGCACGUCUUACUAUGGUAUUCUUGCAAUGAACGGCAAUGCAACUGCGCUUGGGCGCGAGGGAGUAGGCGGUGGUGGACAGGUCUGGAAAGCUAUGACCUUUUCCACGAUUACAGCCGAUAACUGUGCCCUCGUGUAUAAUCUCUCGUUCUGCGACCAAGUGGCCUGGACCGUUCCAGCAAAUCCCAAUACAUUUCCAAACACUACAGCUCUUGGAGAAUGGUACGAUAACUCAACCUACCAAUCUUAUAAGUACUUCAAGAAGGCUUUGGCACAGAUUCCUUGCAAUACUACUUCAUCUGCUCAGUAUUCUCUAGCUCAAAACUGCACGUCUUGCGAUGCAGCGUACAAGGCAUGGCUUUGUUCGGUGACGAUACCAAGAUGUACUGAUUUUUCAAACGAUCUUCCGUGGCUACAAGAACGAGGUAUGGGACAACCAUUUCCAAACGGGACAAUGCUUAGCCCGGAGCUACUUGACAUAGCGAGCUCUUCACAGCCUGCGAACGGUUCUCGAAAUCCAGACAUCACCACAACAGUCCAACCAGGGCCUUACAAGGAAAUCUUGCCCUGUGAUGAUUUAUGCUAUGGAAUUGUUCGUGCCUGUCCGGCAAUUAUGGGUUUCGCAUGCCCUCUCCCAGGCGAUACGGGCUUUGAUACAAGUUAUGGCAUACAUAGAACGGCAAAUCAGAGCGGGCAAGUUACGUGCAACUAUCCCGGUGCUGUGCAUGAUCAGUCGAUUGGGGGUAUAAAUUCCAUACCACACACACUGGUAUUUGGAGCAGCGGUGUUGAGUACAGUGUUCAUGUUGAGCGGCAUUUGA